CAACAUAGUGGACAAAUUGUUUUCCCUUGUGAACAUUUAUGAAGUUGGUUGUAUAAUUAUGAGAUAUAUACACAGUUUAUUGUCAAUAGGAUGUAAUAGAGAUACAGAAAUGACCGAAGGUUCAACAGAAGUCCACUCUACUGUUUCCGGAAGUCCAGCAGAUCUGACCAAUAGCAGUUCAAAGUAUUAUAGCAAUGGACAUCUUCACAUGGAUACUAUCCCAGGCUCGUGUGAAACUGGACAUUAUGCAUCGCAAACUGAGCAUCCGACGUAUGGCAUGAUUAAGUUAAAUGGUAACUCAUCCCCUCACACAAUGAAGAAGGAAGGACGUUACGACUGGAUGUACCCUAGGUACCCAUGCAUGUACAAUAGUGAACCAACUCCAUGUGAAAUAAACAACGUGUAUGACUCUUCUGGCGAGAUUCCAAAGCCAGAACAAAGAAUUCGAAGGCCAAUGAAUGCUUUCAUGGUAUGGGCAAGAACAGAAAGGAAGCGACUGGCACAUGAGAACCCGGAUGUCCAUAAUGCAGAUCUAAGUAAAAUAUUAGGGAAAAAGUGGAAAAACUUGUCGGCAGAUGAAAAGAAGACUUUUAUUGACGAAGCUGAACGUUUACGAGUUAGGCACAUGCAGGAACACCCUGAUUACAAGUACAAACCAAGACGAAGGAAACACCCGAAAAAAGCUCUUCGUAAAGCUUUGGACAAAAACCCGCAAGGAGACAGCAUAGCCGAACAAAAAAAUAACCUCUAUAAUGAGGCUACAUUUGGCAGCAUCCGCCAUUCAGCGGCAGCGGAUAUGUAUGGAGGGUACCUUACUGAGUGUAAAGACUCUGAGAACAUGCACUGUAUUCUACAAAGUCCAAAUACGCCAGAGUCUUCUGCAUCUUCAUCUCCACCACAAUCGGUGGGUUUUCCAAACAAAUAUAGCCAUGACAUUCUUUCGCAAACAUAUGGGCAACUUCCUUAUCCGGCAUUGACCCCUGAACCAUCUCCAAGCGAGGUGAAAGAUACGAAAUUUUCAUUUUCUUCGGAAGAUACAUCUGCUCAAUUUCGUUCAAACACAGAACAACAGUUUUACUCCGAGUUUUUGCGCAAUUUAAGUAAAAAUAAAUAUCCUGAAGCACGUAGGAUGUAUGAUUCACCGACAAAUGAUUCUUGCUAUGACGACAAUCAUGUUCAACACAGACAGUUGGUACAUAAUAACUCUAAUAUCUCUGCGAGUUCUUGGUAUCACUACUUGCCAAACAAUGCUCAAAUGAUACCAUCUUACCCAAAUAAUGGUGCUCAAAUUCUAUCUUCAUUCCAGGAAGGGAAUUAUUUGUCUCCUUAUUUGAACAAUGAUCAACAACUGAUUUUGCCUGAGGAUGAAUCCUUAGCCAAUGUUGAUCCUCAGGAGUUUGAUCAAUAUCUGAUCGGAAACUCGAGCUCAGCUCAAGACAGAGGUGAUAACAAAUCACCAUUAGACUCAACCUCGGAUGAGAGUGAAGAUAUCCAAACUACAAAUGCUUUGGCAGUUCAAGUAAAACUGGAGCGUGAUUCCAGUGAAUCAGAAAUGGACAACGCCUAGUUUUCAUGAUUAUUCGGUAGACAUUGUGUUUUGUUAUCAAAAAUACUGCAAACAAACAUUUACCAACCGAUUUUAGUGUUAUAAGUGCUGUGACAUUCAAGACAUUUGUGCUAAAGAAAUGUCCAGAACAUUCAGUGAAAUUGUUUGCAAGCACUUAAAAAGGGUUACGACAGAAAUAAAAUUGGCAGCUUCCAUACAAUCCUUGCCUUCCAUUAUCUGAAGAAAUGACCAAAAUCAGCCUCAAUAAGUUUAACUGUAAAUAUUGUCUUUAACAUGCUUUUUUAUUUUUUAAACUCUGAAAAUGAGGUGUUUACAGUAUUAUUAUGCCAAAUGUACAAUACCCAUGACAUAUUUUCCUGAAUUGCUCUCCAUUACCAUUCUCAAUUAUUAUCACCUUGUUCAA